GGCGCUCGCGGGCUCAGUGCGGGUCGCAGCGCGGAGCCCGCUCCGGACUCCCCGCCCCCUCCGAUGGGAUUGUAGCGGCGGGCGGGCGAGCAGCGGCGGCGGCCCCAUGUUUUCCCCCAGCCAGGAGGAGCACUGCGCCCCCAACAAGGAGCCCGUCAAGUACGGGGAGCUGGUGGUGCUGGGGUACAAUGGCUCCCUCCCUAAUGGUGACAGAGGACGUAGGAAAAGCAGGUUUGCUCUCUAUAAGCGACCUAAGGCUAAUGGAGUCAAACCCAGCACUGUUCAUGUGAUAUCAACGCCCCAAGCAUCCAAGGCCAUCAGCUGUAAAGGUCAGCACAGUAUCUCUUAUACGUUAUCCAGAAACCAGACAGUUGUAGUGGAGUAUACACAUGAUAAAGAUACAGAUAUGUUUCAGGUUGGGAGAUCCAAAGAAAGCCCUAUAGACUUUGUAGUAACAGAUACAAUUUCUGGCAGUCAAAACAAUGAUGAAACUCAGAUCACACAAAGCACCAUAUCCAGGUUUGCAUGCAGGAUUGUCUGCGAUAGGAAUGCACCGUAUACAGCAAGGAUUUUUGCAGCAGGAUUUGACUCUUCUAAAAACAUAUUUCUUGGAGAAAAAGCAGCAAAAUGGAAAAAUCCUGAUGGGCACAUGGAUGGAUUAACAACCAAUGGCGUUCUGGUCAUGCAUCCAAAAGGAGGGUUUACCGAAGAGUCUAAACCUGGAGUGUGGCGGGAAAUCUCUGUCUGUGGUGAUGUAUAUACUCUACGAGAAACCAGAUCUGCUCAACAAAGGGGGAAGCUAGUAGAAAAUGAGACCAACAUCCUACAAGAUGGCUCUCUCAUUGACCUGUGUGGAGCCACUCUUCUGUGGAGAACAGCAGAUGGUCUGUUUCACACACCGACUCAGAAACACAUUGAAGCUUUGCGACAGGAGAUAAAUGCCGCUAGGCCACAGUGUCCUGUUGGGCUGAAUACUUUAGCGUUUCCCAGCAUUAACCGUAAAGAUGUGGUAGAAGAGAAACAGCCUUGGGCUUACCUUAGCUGUGGUCACGUUCAUGGCUAUCACAACUGGGGACAUCGCAGUGACACAGAAGCCAAUGAGCGCGAGUGUCCUAUGUGCAGAACCGUUGGUCCCUAUGUGCCUCUUUGGCUUGGUUGCGAGGCAGGGUUUUAUGUGGAUGCUGGUCCGCCAACUUAUGCUUUCACCCCUUGUGGACAUGUGUGCUCUGAGAAAUCUGCAAAAUACUGGUCUCAAAUCCCACUGCCUCAUGGUACUCAUGCAUUUCAUGCUUCUUGCCCUUUUUGUGCAGCACAGCUGACUGGGGAACACAACUGCGUCAAACUAAUUUUUCAGGGUCCAAUUGACUGAUGCCAUUUUACAAAGGAUCACAAUAACAUUUUCUUUAACAAUUUACUGUGAAGAUUUUGCCACUAACUCUAGAUUUUACCUUUUUAUAAUACUGUUAUUACUGGGGAGGUGGGGGGGUAAGGGGCCUGACGGGGGAUGAAAUGGGGAUACAUUGAUACCUGGAACUUGACAGAUAUCAGUGGUGUUGCAUGCUCAUCAGCGGCAUAUUCAUGAAGUCUUCUUGAUCAAAUUGUAGUAUGUUUGUAAUAAUCUUUCUAUUAGUACCCUCGAUCAGAAAAAAAGUCAAUGAUUUUUUUUUAAUCUUGGAUUUUUUAAUGGAAAUUUUUUUCUUCUAAACUUUGACAAGCCUUUAAAAACCUAUUUUUUCAAAUCUAGAAGGAUCAUACAGAAUGUAAUUUGUCUUUAAUUUGCAAUAUAAUUAACUUGAAUAGUUUCUCAAAGAGUUAAUAUGGAAUGUGUGGGCAAACAUAGGUGAAUGUUAACUAGACACAACUAUCAAUUUGGAUCAUACGUGAAAGGUUAGCUGCAUAAAUUGUAGCAUAUAAAUGCUAUUAAAUUACCUGUUAUGAUAUAAUGCAGUUGGCCAAAAAGGCAUCAAGGAUUACUUGAAACUGGGGAAUUCCUGUUUGCUUUGAUUUCCUUUCAGUGUAGUGAAUAUCCAGUGUUCAUGAAAUACAGUAUAUGGUUGAUUUUUUUUUAACCUGCAUUUUGUGAAAUUGAAUUACUUUUACACAUGUAAAGUUGUUUAUACCUUUUUAAAGAGAGAGUUUCUGUAUAUUUGUAGUCCUGCCUUUGCUUUCUUUCUGCUUAAUGUGGCUUGCCGUUGCUGCUCACCUUGCAUGCCUGGAACUACUGGGUUAAUUAAGAUGAAGCAACCCUUUAAGAAUUGCAUUAAUGAAGAGGUAGCACUGCAGCAAUAGAAAAUAGGUUUAGGUGCUGUUAUACAGAAUUUAUGCACAUAAACCUAAAUCCAGCAAGGCAUUCUAAGCACAUGCUUAACUUUAAGCACACCAUUAGCCCUUUUGACUUCAGUUAGGCUUAAGUGCUUGGCUGGAUUGGGGCCAUGCUGUCUUCUUUUGAAAUCAAAAAGUGAUUAAAAAUAAGCUACUGGUUUUUUUAAGCUCACUUACAUGAUACUAGCCAAAAUGCUAGGAAGAGAGCAUCCUUCCAUAAUUUAACUGUAGUUUUGUUUGACUUACUGCCAUCUUUUCUUGCAUUUUUGAGAAGUGCUGGAAUCUAUUUUUAUUUAAAAUGUUUGCAAAUCAAACAGAAUUCAAAUGUAAUCAUUAAAUACACACAAUAGAGUAGAUUGUUCAUCUGCAGUAGAUAAUCUGAAAUUCCUGAUUUUUAAGAGAAGAAAUAGGUGUUUACUAGGGAAAUAAUUAAAUCAGGAUUUCAUAAGAGAUCUACCAUCCCACUCUGCCAGCUUCAUUUGGUUGAGAAUAAUAAUAAUUCUUGAUCCUUGCUCUCUGUAAUCUAGGUAUCUGAGGUAUCAGUCUAUCCAAGUUGAAAGACUUUGGGAGAAAAUCAACAAAAGGUGAAACUGAUUAUUCAAAACUCAGUUCUGUUAAAGUGAUUACCAUAUCACUUGAAAUUUGCUAUAUUUGCGCCCUUUGUAUAAAUAUAUAAUUUAUAUGAUUUUAAUAUAUUGUGUAUAUACUUGAAUUGGCCUGUUCAUAUUUUGGUUGUCAAAUUGUUUUAUAGUUAACCUUAUAAACAUUUAAAAUGUCCCUUGCCUAUGGUGGUGGGACGUAUUA